AUGCAAGAUGCUACGGUUAUUGAGAACACAGCCAAGGUAGAGUCCAUGGAGAUGACAAAAUCCGACUGGGAAUCAUGUCUUUCCCCGGGAGAAACACCUACCGAAUAUCUUUCAAUUGUUAUUGUGACUCGAGUGGAUAAUUAUGCCGGGGGCCAGCAACACCGUUUGCAGAAUUUUAUCGAUUCCGCUCAUAUUUUAGCAGAAAAGACAAAAGAAAAGAUUGAGUUACUCAUUGUUGAAUGGAAUCCACCCGAGGAUCGUCGUCGAGUCAUUGAUGCAUUUAGAUUUAGAAGUUCAAAGUAUUUGAAAUAUAGAAUUAUCACUGUACCACCUUCAUUACAUCAGAUCAUCCAAAAUCGUGGUAAAUCACCGCUUCAUGAAUUCGAGGGUAAGAAUUUAGGUAUUCGUUUUGCUCGUGGAGAAUUUGUUGUCUGCACAAAUCAAGAUGAUAUCUGGUCCCAUAAUUUCCAUAAUGCAGUCAUGUCACGAGUAUUUGAAAAGGGUGUCAUCUAUGUACAACACCAAUCACCCCACAACAUUCAUGAAAACUUCCCACCUUCUAUUGUGAGAUUAGACGCUUUCCCUAGCGAUGAAGUGAUUUAUGACAGCUGUAAACUUGGAGACCAAGAUUGGGGAAAUUACAAGUUACCUCCUCCCAUUACUGUCACUAGUCGAAAUGAUCCUGAUAUCAAGGAUAAAACCACCACGAUGAAUAUUUUAAAAGUGGCUGAUCAAGCUGGUGAUUUUACCAUGGCACAUCGUGAUACUUGGAAAGUACCCAGAGGUUACAGAGAAGCAGGAGGUGUUGCAUGGAUGGAUAUUGAAUUUAUUUGCACAGCGACAUGGACAAAAAAGAUCCCAGUGGUAUAUGUGAAACCUGGAUUUACAUGCCAUCAGGAGCACGCUAAUAUUUGGGAAUCCAAUAAGGAAGCCAUGAAUGAUAAUAGUGAUAUCGAUAUGAGUAAGAUUGAACGUGGGGAAAAAGUGUAUAUGAAUAAGGAAGGUGAAUGGGCCUUACAGAAUUAUGACAUUUAUAAAGAAGGUUUAGCUUGUAUGGAAUUCCAAGGUGGUCUUGUCUGGUAG